AUGAGUGCGUGUGGUGUGCGUCCGGACGCCGCGCCGGGAAGCCUGCGCUGGGCGUUGGGCGGCGCCGGGCGCGUGUCGUCGGUGGCUCGGUCGUCUGCGGGCGGCACUGCGGCGCACCCUGUUCUCCGACCGCGAAGUAGGGCAGCGGGUGAUCGGGAGCACCGAGAGCCGCCGCCGACGCCGCCGGCGGCCGCUCGGCGCUCGCCACUCGCGCCGCGGCCGCCGCUAGCGCCCCGCAGUGACGCAUUGCAGGUGCGCGGCGACCAAUCGGCGCGCGCCGAACGCUAG